AUGUUCACGGUGAACCUAACCGCCGCCGAAUUCACCAAAGCCCUAAGAGCGGAGAAACAAGUUUUCCUUAACCCACGAGACGCCCGGCCAUUGUACUUUAUACUGAACGCCAUAAUUUUCCUUCUUCUCAGCCUCGGCAUCAUCAUGAACGUCACGGCCACUGACAAGCAUAAGGUGGACGCAAGCGACACAUUCCUCAAAAUCAGUCUGGUUACCCAGCUGAUCUUCUGGCUCUUCGCUUUCAACGAUAAUGCGGUCAUGUCUUUCUGGCUUGGUCGUAACCCAUCUAAGGAGAGUCUAGAGGUGAUGCCUAAGUGGAAACGAUGGAAUCAGUCGUUUAGGCUGGUAAUUUCGAUUAUUGCGCUUGGGCAUAAUGUCAUGCAGUUGGCGCAGAUAAGCAUGUCGGACGGGUUUAUGAGUACUACUGAUUAA